GCUCCCGGGCAGGCAAGCCUGAGAGGGGCCAAAGACACUUAAAAACAAGCAGCGGUGAGAAAAGCAUCUCCCGCGCCCUACACCUCGGCAGGUCUCGCUCUCGGCACCCUUCCGGCGCCCGCGUUCUCCUGGCCCUGCCCGGCAUCCCGAUGGCCGCCGCUGGGCCCCGGCGCUCCGUGCGCGGAGCCGUCUGCCUGCAUCUGCUGCUGACCCUCGUGAUCUUCAGUCUUUCUGGUGAAGCCUGCAAAAAGGUGAUACUUAAUGUACCUUCUAAACUAGAGGCAGACAAAAUAAUUGGCAGAGUUAAUUUGGAAGAGUGCUUCAGAUCUGCCGACCUCAUCCAGUCAAGUGAUCCUGAUUUCAGAGUUCUAAAUGAUGGGUCAGUGUACACAGCCAGGGCUGUUGUACUGUCUGAUAAGAAAAGAUCGUUUACCAUAUGGCUUUCUGACAAAAGAAAACAGACACAGAAAGAGGUUACUGUGCUGCUAGAACAUCAGAAGAAGGUAUUGAAGACAAGACAUACUAGAGAAACUGUUCUCAGGCGUGCCAAGAGGAGAUGGGCACCUAUUCCUUGCUCUAUGCAAGAGAAUUCCUUGGGCCCUUUCCCAUUGUUUCUUCAACAAGUUGAAUCUGAUGCAGCACAGAACUAUACUGUCUUCUACUCAAUAAGUGGACGUGGAGUUGAUCAAGAACCUUUAAAUUUGUUUUAUAUAGAAAGAGACACUGGAAAUCUAUUUUGCACUCGGCCUGUGGAUCGUGAAGAAUAUGAUGUUUUUGAUUUGAUUGCUUAUGCAUCAACUGCAGAUGGAUAUUCAGCAGAUCUGCCUCUCCCACUACCCAUCAGAGUAGAGGAUGAAAAUGACAACCACCCUGUUUUCACAGAAGCAGUUUAUAAUUUUGAAGUUUUGGAAAGUAGUAGACCUGGUACUACAGUGGGGGUGGUUUGUGCCACAGACAGAGAUGAACCGGACACAAUGCAUACGCGCCUGAAAUACAGCAUUUUGCAGCAGACACCAAGAUCGCCUGGGCUCUUUUCUGUGCAUCCCAGCACAGGCGUAAUCACCACAGUCUCUCAUUAUUUGGACAGAGAGGUUGUAGACAAGUACUCACUGAUAAUGAAAGUACAAGACAUGGAUGGCCAGUUUUUUGGAUUGAUAGGCACAUCAACUUGUAUCAUAACAGUAACAGAUUCAAAUGAUAAUGCACCCACUUUCAGACAAAAUGCUUAUGAGGCAUUUGUAGAGGAAAAUGCAUUCAAUGUGGAAAUCUUACGAAUACCUAUAGAAGAUAAGGAUUUAAUUAACACUGCCAAUUGGAGAGUCAAUUUUACCAUUUUAAAGGGAAAUGAAAAUGGACAUUUCAAAAUCAGCACAGACAAAGAAACUAAUGAAGGUGUUCUUUGUGUUGUAAAGCCACUGAAUUAUGAAGAAAACCGUCAAGUGAACCUGGAAAUUGGAGUAAACAAUGAAGCGCCAUUUACUAGAGAUAUUCCCAGAGUGACAGCCUUGAACAGAGCCUUGGUUACAGUUCAUGUGAGGGAUCUGGAUGAGGGGCCUGAAUGCACCCCUGCAGCCCAAUAUGUGCGGAUUAAAGAAAACUUAGCAGUGGGGUCAAGGAUCAAUGGCUAUAAGGCAUAUGACCCCGAAAAUAGAAAUGGCAAUGGUUUAAGGUAUAAAAAAUUGCAUGAUCCUAAAGGCUGGAUCACCAUUGAUGAAAUUUCAGGGUCAAUCGUAACUUCCAAAAUCCUGGAUAGGGAGGUCGAAACUCCCAAAAAUGAGUUGUAUAAUAUUACAGUCCUGGCAAUAGACAAAGACGAUAGAUCAUGUACUGGAACACUUGCUGUGAACAUUGAAGAUGUAAAUGAUAAUCCACCAGAAAUACUUCAAGACUGUGUAGUCAUUUGCAAACCAAAAAUGGGGUAUACCGACAUUUUAGCUGUCGAUCCCGAUGAACCUGUCCAUGGAGCUCCAUUUUAUUUCAGUUUGCCCAAUACUUCUCCAGAAAUCAGUAGACUGUGGAGCCUCACCAAAGUUAAUGAUACAGCUGCCCGUCUUUCGUAUCAGAAAAAUGCUGGAUUUCAAGAAUAUACCAUUCCUAUUACUGUAAAAGACAGGGCCGGCCAAGCUGCAACAAAAUUAUUGAGAGUUAAUCUACGUGAAUGUACUCAUCCAACUCAGUGUCGUGGGACUUCAAGGAGUGCAGGAGUAAUACUUGGAAAAUGGGCAAUCCUUGCAAUAUUACUGGGUAUAGCACUGCUCUUUUCUGUAUUGCUAACUUUAGUAUGUGGAGUUUUUGGUGCAACUAAAGGGAAACGUUUUCCUGAAGAUUUAGCACAGCAAAACUUAAUUAUAUCAAACACAGAAGCACCUGGAGAUGAUAGAGUGUGCUCUGCCAAUGGAUUUAUGACCAAAACUGCCAACAACUCUAGCCAAGGUUUCUGUGGUACUAUGGGAUCAGGAAUGAAAAACGAAGGGCAGGAAACCAUUGAAAUGAUGAAAGGAGGAAACCAGACCUUGGAAUCCUGCCGGGGGGCUGGGCAUCAUCAUACCCUGGACUCCUGCAGGGGAGGACACACGGAGGUGGACAACUGCAGAUACACUUACUCGGAGUGGCACAGUUUUACUCAGCCCCGUCUCGGUGAAGAAUCCAUUAGAGGACACACUGGUUAAAAAUUAAACAUAAAAGAAAUUGCAUCGAUGUAAUCAGAAUGAAGACCACAUGCCAUCCCAAGAUUAUGUUCUCACUUAUAACUAUGAGGGAAGAGGAUCUCCAGCUGGUUCUGUGGGCUGCUGCAGUGAAAAACAGGAAGAAGAUGGCCUUGACUUUUUAAAUAAUUUGGAACCCAAAUUUAUUACAUUAGCAGAAGCAUGCACAAAGAGAUAAUGUCACAGUGCUACAAUUAGGUCUUUGCCAGACAUUCUGGAGGUUUCCAAAAGUAAUAUUGUAAAGUUCAAUUUCAACAUGUAUGUAUAUGAUGAUUUUUUUCUCAAUUUUGAAUUAUGCUACUCACCAAUUUCUAUUUUUAAAGCAAGUUGUUGCUUAUCUUUUCCAAAAAGUGAAAAAUGUUAAAACAGACAACUGGUAAAUCUCAAACUCCAGCACUGGAAUUAAGGUCUCUAAAGCAUCUGCUCUUUUUUCUACAGAUAUUUUAAUAAUAAAUAUGUUGGAUAAGUAUCAGUCCAACAAUAGCUAAGUUAUGCUAAUAUCACAUUAUUAUAUAUUCACUUUGAGUGAUAGUUUAAAAAAUAAACAAGAAAUAUUGAAUAUCAGUAUGUGAAGAAAGUUUUGGAAAAGAAACAAUGAAUACUGAAUUAAAUUAAAAAUGUUGCAGCUCAUAAAGAAUUGGGACUCACCCCUGCCGCACUACCAAAGUCAUUUGACUUUGGAGGCAAAAUUUGUUGAAGUGCCCUAUGAAGUGGCAAUUUUCUAUAGAAAUAUAGUUGGAAAUAAAUGUGUGUAUGUGUAUUAUUAUUAAUCAAUGCAACAUUUAAAAUGAAAUGAAAACAAAGAGGAAAAUGGUAAAAACUUGAAAUGAGGCUGGGGUAUAGUUUGUCCUACAAUAGAAAAAAGAGAGAGCUUCCUAGGCCUAGCUCUUCAAUGCUACAUUAUAAUUGAGUUUAUGAGGAAAUAGUUCCUGUCCAAUUUGUGUAAUUUGUUCAAAAUUGUAAACAAAUUAAACUUUUCUGGUUUCUGUGGGAAGGAAAUAGGGAACCCAGUGGAACAGUAGGUUUGCUUUGCAGUCUGUUUCGAGAUUUCUGUAUCCACAAGUUAGCAGCAAACUGGGGAAUACUCGCUGUAGCUAAGGUUCCCUGCUUUUUGGUAGCAAGGGUCCAGAGAUGAGGUGUUUUUUUUGGGGAACUAAUAACAAAAACAUUUUAAAACUUACCUUUACUGAAGUUAAAUCCUCUAUUGCUGUUUCUGUUCUCUCUUAUAUUGACCAACAUCUUUUUAAUUUAGAUCCAAAUAACCAUGUCCUCCUACAGUUUAGAGGCUAGAGGGAGCUGAGGGAAGGAUCUUACUGAAAGCACCCUGGGGUGAUUGAUUGUCCUUAGACCUAAGCCCCACAAACUUGACACCUGAUCAGGGCCUGGGAGCUACAAAAUUUCAUUUUUCUCCUCACUGCCCUUCUUCUGAGUGGCAUUGGUGUGAAUCAAGGAAAGCCAGGCCUCGUGGGCCCCCUUCUUUUGGCUUCCUGCUAACAUUGUCAGCGACACCUCCAGCAGAGAUUCCCUUAAGUGACUCCAAGUUUUCCACCAUCCUUCAGCAUGAAUUAAUUUUUAAUCAGUUUGCUUUCUCCAGAGAAAUUUUAAAAUAAUAGAAGAAUAGAAAUUUUGAAUGUAUGAAAGAAAAAGAUGAAGUUGUCAUUUUAGAACAGAGGGAACUUUGGGAGAAAGCAGCCCAAGUAGUUUAUUUGGACAGUCAGAGGGCAACAUGAAGAUGCAGGCCUUCAAGGGCAAGGAGAGGCCACAAGGAAUAUGGGUGGGAGUAAAGGCAACAUCGUCUUCUUCAUACUUUUUCCUAGGCUUGGCCCUGCCUUUUCCUUUCUCAGGCCAAUGGCAACUGCUAUUUGAGUCCAGUGAGGGAUCAGCCAACCUCUUCUCUAUGGCUCACCUUAUUUGGAGUGAGAAAUCAAGGAGACAGAGCUGACUGCAUGAUGAGUCUGAAGGCAUUUGCAGGAUAAGCCUGAACUGGUUGUGCAGAACAAACAAGGCAUUCAUGGGAAUUGCUGUAUUCCUUCUGUAGCCCUCCCUCUGGGCACUAAGAAGGUCUAUGAAUUAAAUGUGUAUCUAAAAUUCUGAUUUAUUCCUACAUUUUCUGUUUUCUAAUUUGACCCUGAAAUCUAUACGUUUUAGACUUAGACUUUUUAUUUUCCCUUUUUUUUUUUUUUGAGACGGAGUGUCGCUCUGACGUCCAGGCUGGAGUGCAGUGGCUCCAAUCUCUGCUCACUGAAAGCUCCGCCUCCCGGGUUCACGCCAUUCUCCUGCCUCAGCCUCCCAAGUUGCUGGGACUACAGGUACCCGCCACUACGCCUGGCUAAUUUUUUGUAUUUUUAGUAGAGACGGGGUUUCACCAUAUUAGCCAGGAUGGUCUCGAUGUCCUGACCUCGUGAUCCGCCUGCCUCGCCCUCCCAAAGUGCUGGGAUUAGAGGUGUGAGCCACCAGGCCCAGCCUUGUUUUCCGUUUAAAGUCUUCUUCUUUUAAUGUAAUCAUUUUGAACAUGUGUGAAAGUUGAUCAUACGAAUUGGAUCAAUCUUGAAAUACUCAACCAAAAGACAGUCGAGAAGCCAGGGGGAGAAAGAACUCAGGGCACAAAAUAUUGCUCCGAGAAUGGAUUUCUCUGCAAGCCUAGUUGCUGAAAUUGCCUGCUGUAACCAGAAGUCAGUUUUAUCUAAUGGCUACUGAAACACCCACUGUGUUUUGCGCACUCCCUCACUCGCCAAUCAAAACCUGCCACCUCCCCAAGACCUUACUAGUGCUGAUAAACUUUCUCAAAGAGCAACCAGUAUCACUUCCCUGUUUAUAAAACCUCUAACCGUCUCUUUGUUCUUUGAACAUGCUGAAAACCGCCUGGUCUGCAUGUAUGCCCUAAUUUGUAAUUCUUUUCUCUCAAAUGAAAAUUUAAUUUUAGGGAUUCAUUUCUAUAUUUUAUUUGACUUUCACAUACGUAGUAUUAUUUCCUUUAUGUGUAAGGUGAAAUUUAUGGUAUUUGAGUGUGCAAGAAAAUACAUUUUUAAAGCUUUCAUUUUUUCCCCAGUGAAUGAUUUAGAAUUUUUUAUGUAAAUGUACAGAAUGUUUUUUCUUACUUUUGUAAGGAAGCAGCUGUCUAAAAUGCAGUGGGGUUAGUUUUGCAAUGUUUUAAACAGAGCUUUAAUAUUUCUAUUAAAAGAAGUUACUUUGCUUUUAAAGAAACUUGGCUGCUUAAAAUAAGCAAAAAUUGGAUGUGUAAAGUAAUAUUUACAGACAUGGGGGGAUGUAAUAAAACAAUAUUAACUUGGUUUCUUGUUUUUGCUGUAUUUAGAGAUUAAAUAAUUCUAAGAUGAUCACUUUGCAAAAUUGUGCUUACGGCUGGUAUGGAAAUAGAAAUACUCAAUUAUGUCUUUGUUGCAUUAAUGGGGAAUAUUUUGGACAAUGUUUCAUUAUCAAAUUGUUGACAUCAUUAAUAUAUAUUGUAAUGUUGGGAAGAGAUCACUAUUUUGAAGCACAACUUUACAGAUGAGUAUCUAUGUAUACAUAUGUAUAAUAAAUUUUGAUUGGGUAUUAAAAGUAUUAGAAGGUGGUUAUAAUUGCAGAGUAGUCCAUGAAUAGUACACUGACACAGGGGUUUUACUUUGAGAAGCAGUGUAGUCAAGGGAAAACAUGAGUUAAAAAGAAAAGCAGGCAAUAUUGCAGUAUUGAUUCUGCCACUUACAGGAUAGAUAACGCCUGAAAUUUAAUCACAAGAUGAUCCAACCAUAAAGGUGCUCUGUGCUUUACAGUGAAUCUUUUCCCCAUGCAGGAGUGUGCUCCCCCACAGACAUAAGACUGAUCAUUUCAAAAAUCUAUUAGUUAUAUCAAAAGCCUUACAUUUUAAUGUAGGUUGAACCAAAAUUUCAAUUCCAGUAACUUCUAUUGUAACCAUUAUUUUUGUGUAUGGCUUCAAGAAUGUUCAUUGGAUUUUUGUUUGUAAUAGCAAAAUACCGGAUACA